AUGAUAAUGCUUAUGGACAAGGGAAUAACCGAAUUAUCUAGUAAUGUUGACAAAGAAACGACCGCUCCGAACAAUCCUAAUGUUGUUGAGGAGUUCCUUGUGAAUCUCAAUGAUGAGAUGGAGGAAGAUGAAGAAGAACCCGAGGUAAAGGAAGUACAUCCACCAAUUAACACUCGUGAAGGUAACAAUGAUCUACUUCUAUCGGGUCCUUUUAAGAGAGCAAGGCAAUCUGGUGUUUGGAAGGAUUUAAGUAACCCAAAAUUUAUUAACAAAGAAUGGUUUGCUUUUUGUAAGCAUUGUGAAACUAAACUUAAAGUUCUUAACUCUAGUCGUACUACACAUUAUAAGCAUCACUUAGACAAAUGUCCUAAAACAGCAAGGCAAAGUACAUUGCUUAAUUUUUUGCCAUCUGAUUCUAGUGCUGGAACACCUGAGUCUUCUUUUGUUAGUGCUUUACAUAAUGGUAAAUUAGACAUGUUAUGGAUGAGAGAAGGCAUUGCACAUUGGAUUGUCAUGCAUGAAAAAUAA